CCUUGUCGAUUGAGUGGCAUGACUCUUGAAUAGAGACAAUGUAAAAGAGUAAAAAAAAAAAAAAAAGAUUUCAUCUUCCCAUUUGUGCAUUGAGCAAGUCAGUACGCUGAUUUAGAUUAUUUGUGAAUGACAUGUAAAUGACACUCCCUCCCAUCGUCCAUAUCUCAUGGAAGAAGUGUGGAAAGCAGACCUCUGAUGUCAGAUUUUUGGUAUACUGUGGUAACGUAUCCCACGUCUACAGUGCAAUUCUCUUGAUAUAUUGGAUUUAAUUUCUUUGGAAAAAUACAUAUCUGGCUUUAUGUUUCUGCCUACAACAAUUUGCUUUAUAUUUAGAAAGCGCAGUAUACCAAAAUCUGCUGCACAGACUAGGAGUUGAACAUUUCCAAGCUGUGGGCGCCGCAGACACCUCAAAGUUCAGAAGUGAAGUUGUGUAAACACUUUAACCAUAUGCAUUUUAUUUUCUCCCCCAUAUUGGACUAUCCUCUGUUAAACUUCUCUCUGUUAUUUGUGUGUGUGUAUGUGUGUGUGUGUGUGGUUUUUGUAGUGAAGAAGGCAAAAGCAGCCCCCUCGUUGAUGGCUGAAAGUGGUCCUCUGCCUGCCAACAGGGGAUUGUAGACAUAUGCAAAGGCCAGGAAGCAUUCAAGCCCCACCCCUCUCUCUUUUUGUGUCCUCUGUUCUUUCUCUGCCUUCUCUUUGCUCUUUUUUUCUGCCUAAUUUGAUCUUUCCUAGGUGGUUUAGUUGAGACGGUCAGAUAUUGGGGGCAUAACCUGAAAGAGUGCUCACUCUGCACUAUUAAACACUGCUUAGCCAUUCGCUCGAUGGCUUAAGUAUUGUUUCUCAAAGGAUAAGGCUGUCAAUAUUAUAUUCAUAUAUCUUUAAUGUCAACAAAUACCAUGAAAGAAACAAAACUAACAUUAUCUUAAUCUAACAAGUUUUGUCUAUGUAGCCAAAGCCUGAUAUAGCUUAACUUAGACUUCCAUAUUUGUUCAAAAACACAUCUUUGAGCCACUCUGUGAAUACAGAUACACUGUGAAUAUCCAGUCAAAUGAAAUAAUAAACACUAUGAAAUAAAAUUGAAAGGCAGUAAGUUAUUUUGGUCUGUUGGCCAAAGGCUAUACAAAAAGAGUGGGUGUUUUUGGUUGACUAACUAAUAAUAAUUUGGGGAUUACAAGGGGAACCUGAGUCAAUGAUUGGUUAUCUUGUAUGAUAGUCGUACUACAUCUCGUCUUAAGUUGUCUAAGAUGCCCACCCGACAUGACACAAUGUUGGUACAAUAUUCUUUUUAACAGUGGUCUUCUUUUGUUGUUGUGUUUUACAGUUCUUUUUCCUGGCUCAGCCAGUCCUGUAUACCAGGCCCUGCUGAAAAUACCAUCCAACAGUUUUGUCUCCUGCAGCAAUUUCUCUCUCCAGUGUGCUCUUUUAUUUACAUGUUGUCAUUGUUGUGUGUCCAAAUUUUGGUUAUGUCUCUUUGUGAAAGUUGUUUUGGGAGUGGAUUUUCUAUGAGAUGAUUAUGAGGUGUUUAUUUGUUAAUUUGGGCCCAUUUUUUACAAAUGAAAUCAGAGGAAUUUUGCACAUGAAGAUACUUUUUAUUUAUUUGACUGUGGUAGCACAAAUUAAUCAAACCAGUCAUCCUCUGUCUAGGUUUGGUUAAUUGAUGCAGUGACAGGUAAGGAUACUAGAAUAAUGAUGUACAGCAGACACGCUACCUACCCUGAAUUCUGCUCUUGUCAUUUAGUAUUUUCCACUAUAUCCUCUGAUAUGUGUUUUUGGUAAGUAGACACUGAUGGCUUGUAUAGUGUUCUUGCCAAAUCCCUAAAUUUCUCUUUGUUGUGUGUAUCUCGAUUUUUCUCUGUGUGCUUUUAGUAGCGAAGCCGCCAACGUGAGUCGCUUGUUUCAGUAAACGUCUAUAUGAAAAUUGAGGGCACACCCAACUGGAGAAGCAGCUGUGCUUGCUAACGUUUGGUUCAUGACUUAAAAAACACGUUCAGGCUCUAUUCCAGAUGAGGCUAAAGCUUUGUCACUGUUGGCGCCAGCAAAUGCUGUUGCAGGAAUUCUGCCAGGAGGAGGACUUCUUCCAACGCCCAACCCCAUCCCCAAUCCACCUAUUGGAGCGAACCCCUUCGGUGGUCCAAACAUGGAUGCAAUGGCUGCAUUUGGAUUCCCAGGACCCAAUAUGAAUCCCCAGGCUGCCGACCAGCUGUUGAAGCUCAUGACAGAUCCAAAACUGAAUCCCUUGGCUGCAGGCUUAAACCUGAAUCCAGGCCUGAAGGCUGACUCAUCUAAUAAAGAAAUCGAAGAGGCCAUGAAGAGGGUCCGAGAGGCCCAGUCGCUCAUUUCUGCUGCUAUUGAACCUGGAAAUAAGGAGAGUAAAAAGAAGCGCUCCCGGUCCAGAUCCAGAAGAAGGAGGUCCAGAUCGCGUUCAAGACACAGGCGAACCAGGAGCAAAUCAAGGCGACGAUCAACCUCGAGAAGCAGGAGGCGCUCCAAAAGCCCACGCAGGAGACGGAGCCACUCCAGAGAACGAAACAGACGAUCUAGGAGCAGAUCCAGAGAUAGAAAGAAAGACGACUCGGGGAGAAGAAGAUCCAAAACGCCACCUAAAAGCUACAGCACCACCAGGAGGUCACGCAGCGUGAGCCGGAGACGCAGGAGAAGUCGCAGCAGCAGCCGAUCUCCUAAGAAGUCACCAAAAAGGAGAAUUUCCAGGUCUCCAUCUCCUCGAAGGCACAAGAAGGAGAAGAAAAGGGACAAGGAAAGGGACCGGGACCGCAGGAGCGAUAAGGAGCGCGGUCGAGACGAACGUGAGCGCUCCAUCAGCAAGAAAAGGAGAAGUAAAGACAAAGACCGAGAGCGGGAGAGGAAAUUGGAUGGAGAGAAAGGCGAUGUAAAGAUCACCAGGGAUUACGAUGAAGAGGAACAAGGCUACGACAGCGAGAAGGAGAGGGAGGACAGGAAGGAUUCGGACGACUCCGCUCUGUCCCCUCAGUCUGUAGAAGGUAACGGCACAGCGCGGCCCGUGAAGCAGGCUAAAGUCAAUGGUGACGAUCACCACGAAGAAGACAUGGAUGUCAGCGACUGAGUGUUCCGUCCCGCUUUGUCCCACAUUAUCUCUCAGUUUUGGUUGUGAACUUGUUACGACUUUGCCCCCACUGGGGGUUAAUCUGAAAUGUGAAGUGUGCUUGAAAUGUUUUGUUUUUUUCCGCACAGAAGAGCCGUCUCUUGCAGAAUUGUUAAGUCAUUUUUGCCUCGAGUUUUCCUAAUGAUAUAUUGUAUUUCUCUUGGUUUGUGGCAUUUCGUUCCAUUCGCCUCUACAAAUGUAAUCGGUUGAAACUGGAAGGAAGCUUGCUCUGCUUUUCUCGAGCUUGUGUUGUCAUUUCUUCACAUAUUGUAUCUUUUCAUUUAUGUUGAGUAUCGUGAUGUGUUGCUCAGACCUCUUUCACCUUAUCGAAACACAGUUACUACAUUUGCUUCUUGUUAUUUGAAAGCGUUGAUUGUUUUAUCAAGUAUUUCUUUUAUAUAAUAAAGCCUAUUUGGAGAA